CUUGAGAGAUACGAACGGCCACGAUCUGCACGAUCUGCACAAACUGUCAUACGACUCAGGCCUUGCAUUCUCAUCCUCGUCAAGCUCACAGAAGAUCACAACAUAAAACGGAGCAUCACCGUUCUACCGAGAGAGCCACACUCUGACGAGAGCCGCAAAUGGAACUACUGCAGCUAGCAGAGCUGGAGCGAGUCCAAACCGGAAUCCUCAAUGGAAUAUCAAACCUGGAUCUCACUCUCCUCUCCAAACAACGAUCUCUCCGCCGCCGCCAACGACGUCAUGGGGCCACCGAAGCUCGUCUCUCCGCCAUUAUCCGAUCAAACGGGUGUCACUGACUUCGUCUUCGUAAAAGCUCCCACCGAUUACUACGACCGGUCUAUCGAGUCCCGACUCGACAAUCUCGGUGCCGCCUCUAUUCAUCACCGCUGUAAAAGGAUCGUCUUGGUUAAUACACAGGCCCCAUCCCAAAUCAUUGACUGCGCAGUGAUCACAAUAAUUCAAAGUAUUGCAUUGUUGUUGUUCUGCACACUGUUUGAUUCAAUGCUGAAGCGGUUAAAAACUAUUUGUUUGCACUCAACGAUGGGAAGGUAUCUAAAAAGAAAAUCAAUUCGAGGCUUGCCCCUGAGGAGACAUCAGCUAAGCUGAUGGGACGUGAGCAUAAUGCAGUGACGUGUUAGCUUGAAAACAGACAUUCCGAUAAAUACUCUUCUUUUUUCUAUGAAAUCAAGAGAUGGAAAGUGUUCUUUCACUAUUUAGUAAGUAUCUUGAUAUUCUCUUCUAUUAUGUGUUUUAUUUCACCUCAUUCUGACUUAGAAGAUUGGAUUAUAACCAAUCUCAUGUUGCAACUUUUAGCGUUCAAUGCCUCUUCAAGCUUCGUCCUGGCUUGCAAAUAUGUUGGUAAUCUUUGGAAGGAAGAUUAAUUGCUAAGCUGUACAGUUUAAUGCAAUUCCCAGAGUUCGAGAAUUUAGGAUCAAUCUCUAUCAAGAUUUGUUGGUUUUGAACCAAAUUCUUCACUUGAACGCCUUUUCACUUCCUGUGGUGUAAAGCUUACCUAAGGUCUUCUUGAUGUGCACAUGUACAUGUUUUCCAGACAGUACACGCUUCAGUGUUCUGUCUUGCUUGAUGCAGCAUGAACACUUCGACAGUUUGUCCCAAGGAUUAAUGGCUGAGGUAGAUACUUAUCCCUGUUUUGCGUAUGGGUGGUGUGGCUGUUUUGUAUACACGGCAUGGAAAUUUUGGUAAAAAAGAAAAGUAAACUGUACUUUUGAUUUGUUAUUCGUAUCAUGAAUGCUAACAUGGAACUAUUUUUUCAUUAAUCAAAUCGUCAACUGCUGUGCCAGCUAUUGAGUAUUCAAGUGGUCCAUGGUUCUAAACAUCAUACUGUCAAAUUGGGAUGUAACGUAGUGGUCCACUGUAAUGGUGGUCAAGAUCAAUGAUUUUCUGCCAGUCGACUGACACUAAAAUAAACUUUGGGUUGACACUUAACGUUGAGUUGCUCGCAUAGAUAUAGGCCUGAGCUAGCUGGGAAUAUUUACUGCAAACAGCUGUAGAGAUGCAUAUCUGUCUCUGUGAUUUUGCACAUACAUUUGUAUAGGGAACAUCGUAAAAUGUGACAGGGAAAGAUGAAGUCUUUCAAAAAUAUUUGAGAUUAGCAGGGGACGAUCCUGAAAGAUUGACACACAAGCGUAUGGAUAUAUAUACAUGAGGUGAGAGAAUUAUGCCUAUCAUUGCAGUCUUACUAAUUGGAUUGAAGAGUUUUGAUCUCAGGUGAUUUGGAUGAAGCAAUUGUAAGACUCAUUCCUGAUUUCUUGUUUGAUGGUGGAGAGGUUUCUCUGAAGCUGGCGAUAAGGACCUUGGAAUUUAUUCAGGACAUGAAGAACAGACAUUUCCAUCAAGUUUUUACAGAGAUUUAUUUAAGGACAGUAAUGAUAUUUGAAGUAGAAACUUUUGCUGUGCACUUCAUGGGUUCUUGGGAUUGAAAUUCUGUUGGAAGAUCUUUAGAUCUGUAGCGAAUAUAUUAAUUUUUGUUUUUUUGCUAAUGAUAUGGCAGGGAAAAGUCUACUUUUGCCAAUAUGACAGCAACUGCGUAAUUUAUUUUUUAAUUAUUAAUAUGGAUGUUUGAGAUAGCUUUGUACA